CAAAGCUUUCCUUAUGACACAAUUGUUUCUUGCAUUGACAGGCGGAAGUUAAAAAUGGCGAAAAUUGGAAUUUGUCUCGUAUACAUUUUCAUCUUAAAUGUGUAUUGUCAGGCCGAUGACACAACUCUACGUCUCGUUAAUUUGGUUUAUCGCCAUGGAGAUAGAAGCCCUAUAGACAUUUUUCCAACGGAUGUAAAUCAGAUUGACAAAUGGCCACAAGGCCUGGGAUGGCUGUCACAGAUUGGUAUCCAGCAGCACUUCAACCUUGGACAGCUACUGAGACAGAGAUACGUCAGCACCGGCUUUAUGAACAGCAGCUACUCUAGAUACCAGAUUGCCAUUGAGAGUUCAGACGAAGAUCGCUGUCUGAUGAGCGCCUACUCCAACCUGGCUGGGUUAUUCUAUCCCCCUGACAACGAGUCCCGGUUUCACCCUGAUCUUCCCUGGCAACCAAUUCCAGUUCACACUAGACCUACGUAUGAGGACAAUAUGCUGAACAUGGGUGAAAACUGCCCAAGGUACAAUGAGUUGUUAGCGGCAACCAUGGCGUCUCAUGCUAUAGAGAAAGAGGAGAUACACAACAAGGAAUUCUACGCACAUGUAGGCAAUUUGACGGGCUGGAAAGAUGAAAAUAUUUCCAACAUCUGGAGAAUAGCAGACACUGUGUUCUGUGAGAAAUGCCACAACCUAACUGACAAUCCAUGGCUGUAUGACAUAUGGAACAAAACCACAAACCAGACAAUAUAUGACAAAUUACGCCAUCUGGAGUCCUACCAGUUCACACUUCUUUUCAAGGGCAAGGAGGCAAGCAUGCUCAAGGGAGGUCCUCUUCUGGCAAGAUGGAUACAGAACAUGAAGGACAAGAUCACAUUCCCCCAAAACAAUACAUUUAAGAUGUUAAUGUACUCAGGGCAUGACACAACGGUUUCUGCCUUACUGACCAAUCUGGGCCUGUUCAAUGGAGUCAGUCCCCAGUACGCAUCCUCAGUGGUGUCUGAGUUGCACGAGGGGCAGGCUGGAUCAUUCUACGUGAAUCUCUUCUACAAGAACCAAACCUACAAUGAUACAUUCGUCCCUUUGACCCUGCCUGGAUGCACAUUCAACUGCCCCUAUGACAAUUUUAUUCGACUGACAAAGGACGCUGUGCCUACUGACUGGAGAAAACAGUGUGGUUAUCCCGACCCUCAGGCACCAAAUAAAGGGGGAGAUAAGCUGGGGGCAGGUUGGCUUGUGUCCUUUGCUCUGGCGGGAUUGCUGGUUGCUGUUCUGAUCAUUUUUGGCGUGUGUGUGUUCAGACUGCGACGACGUUCAGACACCACCUUGUACAGCAAGUUUGACAUCUCCUCCUAACCCAUGACCUCUCAGAAGCAAAGUUAAAAUGGCUAUAUGCAACCAGCAUAAAACCAGAACAGCCUGCGAGUAACUCGUCUGUUAACUUUUUAUGCUGUUUGCUGCUCAUCAGUGCCUUUUCCACUCAGAAACGCAUUUUUACUAGUUUGUUUGGAAAUCAAAUUAAAUCGAAGACCUUACUUACUAGACUUAAGUUUUAACUCUUUCAGUGCUGGAACCUAAUUUUGAAGGCCUUUGCAAACAGUUUGGAUCCAGAUGAGAUGCAACAGAACGUGGCAUCUUAUCAGGAUCCAAACUGUUUGCUAGUCUGAUAGUAUUCUUUGAAAAAAAAUCCAAGAAAAUGCUAAUUUUAGAAAUUCAGCAGACGACAUUUUAGCAGACGACAAAUUUCCCAGCAUGCAAAGGGUUAAAGGCUUCAUUUUCAACCCUGUUGUACUGAUGAGCAGCAGGCAGCAUAAAACCUGAAGAGACUGCAAGUUAUACGCAGGCUGUUCUGGUUUAAUGCUGGUUGCAUUAAGCCAUUUUUCAAUUUGCUUUUGACCUUGAAAUGGUUUAGCAAGACCAUCUUUGGAAUCUGGAGGAAAAGAUAUUGAAAGAGAUUAUGUUAAGUGUUAGUAAAUGCUUGACUGGUACAGUAAGAUGCAUAUUAAUAAUAAUUACUAAUGUAAGUAAUUACCAAUAUGUUAUUAUUUCAUUUAUAGUUUUGUUUUAUUUGUUUUCUUGUGGAAAGUGAUUAUUAUAGAGGGUUUAGUGAGUUUACUACAGAAAUGCUGCACAUGUAUCAGAAUUGUUUAUAAUACUUUAACUAAAAAAUUGCAACAAGUUUGUUUUUUAAAUCCUUAAUAUGUAGUGUAUAUUAAUAGUUAUACAGUUUAUAUUAGAAACUGUUAGCUUAAUUGUUAUUUUCAAUUUUGCGCACUGGUUUUUUUAUUAUGGGUAAAAAAUAAAGAUAUGACUAUUAAUUGCUUCUACUAUUUAGGAUGGUGGUAUGUUGUUACAGAAUGUCAAUUGUACAUUUUAAAAUGCAGUUAUUUUUUCAUAUAUAUAUAUAAUAAAUUGCUAUGUUGAAUGCAAUUUGUUUUAUACAAAACUUACAAUUCAAAACCUCAUCAAUACUUUAUUAAGAGUAGAGCAAAACGUCAAAAAUAACUUCAUGUAUUUUGGAAUGAAGAACAUGGUUGUAGCAAUAGACAUGUACUUUAAAUAGUGUAUGAAAUGUGGUUUGUAUGUUACAAAAAAGAUGUUAUUUUGCAGUCCGUAAUGUAAACUCAGUUAUAAAUUUAUUUUAUUCAUAAAAAUACAUUUGAGCCUCGCUAUGGCAUUAAACCAGGUUUAAUGCAUGUGCAUAAAGUGUCGUACCAGAUUAACCUUUGAAUUUUGCACAGGCUAAUCAGGUACAACAUUUUCUGCCUAAAUUUGUUUUUCUAAGCAGAGACGUUCUUUCACAGUAAUCGGACAGAAAGUGUUGUCCCUGCUUAGCCUAUGCAAACUGCACAGGCUAAUCAGGGACGACACUAUACGCACUUGCAUUAAACCUGGUUUUUCCAGAGCAAUAUCAAUUUUAUGUACCAGCUUGUUGAAAGCUUGAUAUUGCAGUCAAGAUGGUCAAGCGUAUGUGUGGUACGACGUCCCAACUUGUCUGGACUGUAACUUUGACAUUCAUCAUACGAUUUUAAAUACCCUACCCAAACUGUUCACCACGUAAAACAUUACAUAUGCACAUCACUAGAAAGAGUUGAACAGCUGAACAUCAGUUUCCUGUUUGAAUUGUGGAAUAGUUAGUUUUUUUUUAUAGAAUUAUUUUAAUAAAUGUGUAAAUGUUUAUUUGGAUAAAAAGACUGAAUCUGAUUAUAUAUGCAAGCUAGAGCAUCAAGGUUUGUUAAACUAAAAAGCAGAUAAUGUCACUAUUGUCUUGUACAGCUCGUACAGCUGUUGGGUGAACAGUCUUAAUAGCCCAUGCAAUUUUUGUAUCUGUCAGUUACUUACAUUAGUAUAUCAAAAGGCUUCUUACACUUAUAUACAUAAAAUGUAUGUAUUUAAUGACUGAACAAUUAGUGAAAUAGUCUUUCACACACAAUACUCAAAGAUGAACAACAUUCCACUUACAUCCAGAUUGAGGAGUAGAUAUCAUUUAGGAGUAGACAUCAUUAACCAGGUUUUCCAAAAGAAAAAACUGGUUAUUAGAUUGGGGAAUGUCGGCUGGCAGGCGGGCGGGCGGAACAAGCUUGUCAGGGCCAUAACUUUGUCGUUCAAUGUGAGAUUUUUAAAUCAUUUGGCACAUUUUUCACCAUCAUUAGACGGUGUGUCGCGCAAAAGAAUUACGUCUAUAUCUCCAAGGUCAAGGUCACACUUUGAGUUCAAAGGUAAAAAAUGGCCAUAAAUAAGCUUGUCCGGGCCAUAACUAUGUCAUUCAUUGUGAGAUUUUAAAAUCAUUUGGCACAUUUGUUCACCAUCAUUGGAUGGUGUGUUGCACGAAAGAAUGACGUUAAUAUUUCCAAGGUCAAGGUCGCCACGACUAAAAAUAGAUUUAUUUUGAAACAAACGGGGUUAAUUGAUAAACAAUCAGUUCAGUUUGAGUUGUCUCUCUUUAUCAGACUUUUUUUUUCAAAUUGAAAACCUGGUUUUGUGACAAUUUUUUGUCCCAUGUUUUUCUUCUUGAAUCUAUUUUAGAAAUAGUAAUUGAUGUAUUUAUAUUUGCUUAACAUGCACAAAAUAAAUUUUGCAACAAAAUUGUACAGAUGCUUUUGUAUUUUCCCUGAACAAAAUUGAAUGUAUUCAUGUUUUUGCAUGAUCUAUUUCACAUUUAUUGUAAUGAUGCAAAUAAAAAAGUGCCUUUUGACGUAAUGGAAAAGAAGCAAUUAUUGUAAAAAUGGUUAAUUCUUUGUUGUGCCUUAAGUCACUCAUAAAAAACUUGUUUUAUUUUAUCUUUGCAUUGGCAUUGAGGAAUUAUCACCCUAUGUGAUAGACUUAGCUGGUUUGCAAGAAUGUGUAAAACAUUAAACAUCUGAAACAUUUUGUUGACUGGCCUGAUAUAAUCUUGUGUUUUAAGUAUUAUUUAGUGGGUUGUUUUGUUUUUUCAAAUACAUUAAUAUUUAAAAUAGAAAUAAUGGAAUAACUAGAAAAGCCGAGUUUUGAUUUACAAUAAUUUAUUUGAGAUACAAAUGAAUGGAGUAACCAAAUAAGCAAGUUGAUGAUUUCUUAGAUUUGUUACCAGAAGGUCUCUACACUGAUCUAGUAUUUGCCAUUAUGCUGUUUUCGAUGUAACAAGUGGUAAAGUGAUUUUAGUUAAGUAAAAGGUUUGUAGUUUUUACAUCAGUACACACAUUGGAGUUUAGAAUGUGUUUGUUCCUUCCAUAAAUUUGUUUCAUCAUUCUGUAUACAUGAAUGUAUGAUUUAAAGAGUUGCGCUUUUUGUGCUCCUUUUUGUCCCCUACCUGUUUCACCGGAGGGGACUUAUGGUUUGCGCUCUGUGCGUCUGUCUGUGAGUCUGUCACACUUCUCUUGAUCCUGCGAUAACUUUAAAAGUUCUUCAUAUUUUUUCAUGAAACUUGAAACACGGAGAGAUGGCAAUAUGGACAUUAUGCACGUCAUUUCAUUUUGUUUCUACGUCAAAUUCUGGUUGCUAUGGAAACAAAAAUAAAAAUUCUGACAAUGGUGGAGCCGGUAUGGGACAUAUAUUUCUUGGCAAAAGUCUUGUUAUUAUCUGCAUCUCUAUGUGUAAUCAAAAAUUAUUUGAUUAAACAUGUACUAGGCUGUUUUUUUUAAGUUAUUUUUACUGAAUUAACAAAAAGAUUGUUUGAACUUAUUAGCCUGAUUUAAAAGAAUCAUUUUCACAUCUUAACUGUGACAAGCCAUUGUAAUAUUUGCCCCAAUCAAUAUGCCUAUUGAAUAGUUUAUCUAUUGCUUUUAUCUGGUUGACUAAUUGUUGUUGAAAAUGUAAAUUACACCUUUGCUCCUUAAUAUUGGUUUAGUUGUUGUACAUGUACAAUGCAUAUAUCCUCCUUACCACUGUGCUUUAAUUAAUUGCAUAUUUAGAUGUUUAUUUUCUAAAUAAAAUAUUUAUUCUGUC